GCUGUUAUGUACGUUUUCAUUAAACCGGCGACCGCGGAGCCUAUCACUUCAGCUCCUGACGCCUGUGCGAGGAGCGAAACUGAGGUCCUUCCAGAAGAGUCUACUGAAAACGACGAGCAGCCAGAAAUUGAACUGCAUCGACUUCGCCAUAAUUCGCGAUGCUCUGCUGUUAUGAACACUUUCUGUCAAACGGCGGCCGCGGAGCGUACCCCACCAGCCCCUAAUGUGAGUGCAGAUGAUGACACUGAGGCCCUUCUUGGACAAUCUACCCCAAACAACGAGCAGUUGGAAAUCGAACUGCGCCGAUUUCACCGAAAUUCACGAUGCCUGGGUAUCUUCUUGGCUCUGCUGUCGGGAAUCUGCUAUGGCCUGGUUUUUGUGCCGAUAAUUUACACACAGGAAAAUGAACCCGGCGCCAGCCAGAAAGGAAUCCAUUAUAUUGGUGCAACUGGAGUGGGUUCCCUGCUUGCCUCCACCAUCUACUUUGUCAUCUACAGUUGUUCCACCUUUAACUCACCGGAGAUUCCUUCCAAUGUUAUGAUCCUGCCUGCUCUACUCACGGGACUCUUAUGGACUACAGGUCAGGCCUGCUGGCUGAUCGCAAACGAGGCCUUGCAAGCCUCCAUCACCUUCCCCAUCGCCACUACUGCGCCCGCAGCCAUAGUCGCCCUCAUCGGUACCAUUUUCUACCAUGAAGUGAAGGUAGAGGUAACUUUCGUUAUCGCCUCCUAG